AUGUCUUCCUCCAAUCGAUCCCGUGAGGGGAAAAUCAUUUUAUUCGGCGACCAGACAACUGAGUUCGCCCCAUCUUUGAAAAGAGUCAUUGCAACUGCAAAACAGAGUUCUCCGUUAGUGCGGAAGUUCCUCGGGGAUGCCGUCGAUGUCGUGAGGAUCGAGGCACGUGGAGUCUCUUCCGAUGAAGGACUAGACGUUGAGACCUUGAGCUCUCUCAUUUCUUCUCCAGACGAUUAUGAGAAGUUGGAAGACAGGACUGGAGUAAUUCAAACCGUUCUCACCUGCGUAUCCCGCCUUGGAGAGCUACUUCUUCAUGCGGAACAAGACCCCACAAUCGUGAAUUGGAACCACAACAGCACACGCAUCCAAGCUCUGGGGCUCUGUACUGGACUCCUGCCAGCAGCUGCUCUUGCAGCUGCACAGGACAUUCAAGACUUGGCCCAUCUAGCUUUGCUUAUGGUCGGAGUAGCGUUUCGGCUCCGUAUUGAACUUCAUCGCAGAUCAACUCGUGUGGAAGCGGAGAAUGGUAUCUGGGGAUAUCUUGUGGUGGGACAGACAGUUGACGAGAUUGAAUCCGCGCUGGACGGAUUUCACAAUGCCAAGAACAUACCGAUACACAAGAGAGCAUACGUCGCUGUGGCGUCAGAUGCUUGGUCCGCAGUCUUUGGGCCACCUUCAACGAUGCGAAGACUUUUCAAGGAGUCAUCCUUCCUGUCCGGAGUGUCAGUUUCAGAGUUGUAUCGUGCGAAUGGUGCUGUCCACGCUCCUCACCUUCCGGAGCUUGACAUGAAGGAAAUCAUCGGCACUGAUCACCCUCUUCUGAACCGCCAGCUGUCGCCCAACAUUCAGGUGAUGUCAACGAGCGAAUGCCAGCCCUACAGGGCGACAACCUUGGGAGACCUGCUGCGGCAGGUGCUCUACGACAUCUUGAUCCUCCGUCUUGAUAUGAACGGUGCUACAAAGGCUGUGGCUUCCACCGUGCCAACUGGCUCGUCUGUCCAGCUCGUCGUCGUUGGAGGAUCGAACGCAGUUUCAACAGUCCAGAGCGCCUUGGACGCGCGGAAAGCAACCGUUACGGUUGUCGAUCAAUUCUCCUUGCGCCCAGCACCAGCUUUGCGUAACGGCUCUGGCAAGAUCGCCAUCAUCGGCGUCGGGGGUAGGUUUCCUGGCUCGGAGAGCGUCGACGAUUUCUGGAAAUCACUUUUAGACGCGAAAGAGUUUCAUCGACUUGUCCCCGAAAGUCGCUUCGCAUUGGACGCGUGGCAGCAUGCCCUCGGACCGGAUGCCUCACUUCCGUAUGGCUGCUUUUUAGAUCGGCCCGGGCAGUUUGACGCACGUUUAUUCAACAUUUCGCCGCGAGAGGCCGCUCAGAUGGAACCCAUGCAUCGUCUCCUGAUGCUUGUGACUUACGAGGCGCUCGAGACUGCGGGAUACGCUCCUAAUGCCACUCCAGCAACGGACAAAACGCGUAUCAGCACUUUCUUCGGCCAGAGUUCCGACGACUGGCGCGAUGUGAACCACCAAGCGGGCAUCGACACGCACUACAUCCCUGCAACCGCAAGGGCGUUUGGUGCCGGCCGCCUUCACCACUUUUUCAAGUGGGAGGGUCCUGCAUUCACCGUGGACGCUGCCUGCGGCUCCAGCGCUGUCGCCAUCAGUCUCGCGUGUGCGUCUCUGGCCAGAGGGGACUGCGACAUGGCUGUGGCAGGCGGAGCUAUGCUCGUAUGCUCGCCAGAUGCCAUGGCAGGCUUGGCUAAAGGGGGCUUUUUGUCGCCAACGGGAAGCUGCAAGACAUUCAGAGCUGAUGUCGACGGCUACUGCCGAGGAGAGGCCGUCGCCUCUGUGGUUCUCAAGAGACUUGAAGAUGCUCAGCUUGAUAACGACAACAUCCUGGGCGUCGUUGACGGCUGGGCUCGCAAUCACGCUGCCUACGCUUCUUCCAUUACCCACCCUCAUCAACCCAGUCAAGAAAGAGUCUUCCAGCAAGUCUUACGGGCCUCCGGCGUUCAGCCCACUGAUAUCGGCUACGUCGAGGCUCACGGCACCGGUACCACGGCAGGCGACCUGUGUGAAGUAAACUCGAUUACCAAUGUAUUUGGCGGCAAGCGCACGGCAGACAAUCCUCUCAUUCUUGGUGCCGUUAAAGCCAACGUGGGCCACGCUGAAGCUGGUGCUGCAAUCGUUGCUUUGAUCAAGGUUGCCAUGAUGCUCAAAAACAACGGGACGAUCCCUCCGCAGCCUGGAUUCGAGAACCCGGUCAAUCCGGCCCAGCUGAACCCUGAGUUCCCUUCGCUCGCGAGCCGACACAUCCACGUGGCAAACGGCCGCCAAACCCUCAAGGCGGGCCAAAAGAUUGUACUGAACUGCUUUGAUGCAACCGGAGGAAACACUAGCUUUGUCAUAUCACCUCCACCCGCGCCCAAGGCCUCUUUGCCAAGUCUGCCUGCCAGUAUGGUGCCUGACGAAACAAAAGACCCAAGAACUCACCAAGUCGUCGUCUGCUCCGGGCACACUUUUACGGUAAUGAAGAAGAACGAACGCCGUAUUCUCGAUUAUCUCAUGAAUCAUAAAAAUGACCCUCUGAGGGAUCUUGCUUACACCUCCACCGCCCGCCGCAUGAAGCACCACGCGUACAGGACGGCUUGGGUAGUAACCAGCACGAAAGAGCUGGGCAGAAGACUACUUGAAGACACAAGCAAGACAGAGUCCAACCUCAAGCGUCCCGGUUCCGUUGCCUUCACCUUCACCGGGCAAGGUGCAGCGUACCGCGGCAUGGCCAAGCGUCUGUUCAACACUUCUCCCAGGUUCCGCAAAUCCGUCCUGGAAGCAGAACGUAUUUGCGAGAUAUACGGCUUUCCUUCGGUUGUCGACUACAUCCAAGGUGACGAGUUGACGGGCGAUACACGCCGGCCGCAUAUCAAAGCAGGACAAGAGCAACUCGCCACAGCAGUGCUGCAACUGGGCCUCGUCGACCUUUUGCAUUCAUGGAAUCUCAAGCCGGAUGUAAUCAUCGGCCACAGCCUUGGCGAAUACGCAGGCCUCUGCACUGCAGGGGUGUUAUCCGUCAGCGAUACCAUCUACCUGGUUGGCAAGCGAGCAGGUCUUCUCGGCGAGCACUGUCAAGCAGGGGCUUACUCGAUGCUAGUCUUACCUUUGGCUAGUCAGGAGGCCUCAUCCCUCGCCGCCGAUCACUCGGGCUGCUGCGUUGCUUGCAAGAACACGUCCAGCACGACAGUCAUUAGCGGGCCAACAGAAGCCAUCUCAGCAAUGCGGGACGCUAUACGAAGAGAUCGCGGCAUGGAGGCCAAGACACUUCCCAUCGCCUAUGGCUUUCACUCUGAACAGAUGGAACAGAUCGCCAGCGGCGUCGAAUCACUGGCGCAGAAUGUUCACUUCACGGCACCGAAAACACCUGUAGCCUCAACUCUACUGGGAAGACUUGUAAGAGAAGAGGGCACUUUCAACGCCCAGUAUAUGGCUCGCCAGACGCGGGAGGCCGUGGACUUCGUUGCCGCUCUCGAAGCCACAAGCAAAGGCGAACUUGUCGAUGAUAAGACGGUGUGGGUCGAGAUCGGCCCUGACACGGUGAACAUCCCCAUGGUACGCAAGACUUUGGGCGCUCCGGACAAGGACAGGUUCUUGCCUACCCUCAGCUCUGGCAACGAAGAUUGGGCGGUCCUAGCCAACCUCGUAGCUUCUUGUUAUUGUCGAGGGUUGGACAUCGACUGGCAUGCCUACCACAGAGACUACGAAUCGUCCCUGCGACUUGUUGAGCUCCAUAACUAUGCUUUCGACCUGAAGGACUACUGGAGAGCGUACGUGCAUCCGAAGCCCGAGCAGACCAUCGUCAACGGCAGCAAUCCUACUACAGCCAUGUCAGGCAACGGAGUACCGAACAUGCCGUACUUGACACCGUUUCUUCAAUACCUAACUCACGAAUCUGUCCAAGCAGACGGCGCCAUCCAAGCAGAUUUUGUGUCCAAGAUGAUUGCCGCAGCCCAAGGCCACCUGGUUGAUGGAACGCCCAUCUUUCCCGGAUCUGCUUUUUGUGAAAUGGCCUACGCUGCGGCCGACUACCUCAUCCCAAAACAUCAGAAAAUGUCCGAGAAACCUCACAUCUCGUCGCUAAUGAACCGACCUCUCAUUAUCAGCACGUCUAAUGACGACUCAGUUGUGCACACUACGGCCGUCUGCGACAGCCACGGCGUCCAGGUCAAGUUUAGUGUGACUUCCGGGCCGGACACCAAUCCCCUGGGACAAGUGUGCAUUCGCUAUGACCGCGGCGCCGCUUUACAAACCAAGACAGGACCAACAUCCCUUUUCCUCGUCAAGGCGCGGAUGAACGCCGUCAUCCAAGCAGUGAGGGGUGGAGAAGGCCAUUCAGUCAUCUACCAGCUCUUCGAGAGGUAUAUUGGCUACGGCCCGGGAUUCCAAGGGAUAGAGGAGUGUUUCCUCAGCCAGGACAGGACCGAGGCCGCUUGUACUGUUCGCCUUCCGGCAAGUCCGUCGGCUACAGGCGAGCGCGAUGCCUUCAACAUGUAUUGGCGAUAUAUGCUGAACGGGCAUCCCGACGGUCCCCCUACGGAGGCUAACAUCGCUGUUGCCGUCAAGGAGAUCCUGUUUGAGGACAACCUCAAUUCUACGGACACUUUUCAGGUUUACACACAUAUGCAUCCGACGGAAAGUGGCUUCAUUGGGGACGUGUAUCUUAUCGGUCUCUGCUCUGACAUGGUUUACAAAACGGUUUCUCCCCGACGCGCGGGAUCUAAGACCAAGAAACCUGCCACCCAGAAACAGCAAGACGUGGCCGACUUGCUUCUCGAACUCAUCGCAAAUGAGACCGGGUGGCCAGUUGAGGUCCUCGAAGACAACACGGAACUUGCAGACAUGGGUGUUGACUCACUCAUGAAUAUCGUUCUCGUCUCCAAGAUCCGAGCCGAGAAGGGCAUCGAGAUCUCGGCGGCCAAGUUUCGUCAGUGCUUUACCGUGGCCGAUAUCAGAAACGCAUUCGGAAACAGGGCUACACCGCCGCCAGCCGUCGAAGCCGCCGUUGCUGGGCAAGCCAAGACCGAGACGGGUUUCGUUGAUGAGAUCCCGGAGAUCGCCUUGGACAGUUCGGGUGAUGAGGGCUGGGGAAGUGAGACAUCCUCUUCACCUGUCGACGGUCCAGUGAUUAUCUCUCGCCAAGAAUCGACCGACACCGACAUGUUCAUCGUGGACCGGAAGAGCGCAGAAUCGAUAGAAUCUGGCUUUAACCAAGAUGGCAAAUACGUCGUCGAGGACUUCCUGAUCCAAGGCGAAGCGAAGGAAGGAGUUCCUUAUCUCUUCCUCGUCCCCGACGGCUCCGGCUCGGUGACAUCCUUCUUUCAACUUCCCCAGCUCAGCACCAACCUCUGCGUAUACGGACUGCAUUCACCUUGGGUGAAGGAGCCAGAGGCGUUCACUUGCACGAUCGAACAAGCGACCGAACUCUACCUGGCAGCCAUCCGAGCCCGCCAGCCCCACGGACCGUAUCUUCUAGGGGGUUGGUCCUCAGGCUGCGUCUUCGCUUACGAGUCAGCCCGUCUACUGCUUGAGGCUGGCGAGGAGGUUCUCGGCCUCAUCAUUAUUGACAUGCACUGCCCCCGGCCCUUGCCCGAGUGGAUCGACACGACACGCGGGCUCUGGGAGUACUGGUGCGAGACGACGGGUCUCAACAAUGUCUUCGCGCCGCUGCCUGACGGCGCGGACCUGGAGGCGCACCUCAUCAGCAACUUCCGCGCCCUCAACAAGUACCAUCCGAAGCCCAUGGCGUCAGGGAAGAGACCCAAGCACGGCACGUUGAUUAUCUGGGCUAAAAAGGGCAUGGGUAAUGGACUGAAGAGAGAGGACUAUGGCGAUUUCCCUGACCCGCUCGGGCUGGGGGAAUGGUUCUGUUUUGAUCGGAAUGAUUUUGGUCCCAACGGUUGGGAGGAGCUGGUUGGUGACCAGAUCAAUUGUGUUGCCAUUGACGGCCAUCAUCGUUCCAUUAUGGUGCCGCCAGAUGCAUACGAGCUCGUGAAAACCAUCGACGACGGUUUAAGAAAGUUCCUUGCGUAA